AUGCCAUAUACCAGGAAAGGCCGCUCAUUGCCGCUUGUGUUCAAUACCCGGGAUGAAGCCCUCCAUAAAAGACUCAAGACUCCUAUUGCGCACCUGUACUCCUUGUCAAAUAUCUUGACAUUCGAGACCUUCGUUGACCAGGUUCUUGAGAUCCUGUUUCGCCAGUUUGAGGAGCAAUUCGUUCCCGGUCAGGCGGCCUUCAAUCUUGGAAACUGGCUGCAGUAUUUUGCAUUUGACGUCACGCAGAUGCCAUGGGUUGAUUUGGUGUGGAAUAAGAACCCCGUUAUCGCUCUAUUUCGGGCUACACCAGCACAGCCGAUUUUGAACGUUGUGCUGUCAAGGAUCAACGAACGACGAGAGGAGCUCAACAACACUGAGAGUAAGCUGGAGAGCGUAAACGAAAGGGAUUUUCUAUCCAGGUUUAUGCACAUCCAGUCGAACAACGACACUAUUCCACCCUGGGCUGUGACGGCGUGGUCAUUCUCAAACGUGAUUGCGGGCUCUGACACAACCGCCGUGGCCAUGAAAACAUUGUGGCAUAACUUACUCUUGCAUCCAGUGACUUUGCAUCGCCUACACAAGGAACUUGUCCAAGCCCAGCAGCAGUCGAAGCUGUCCUCUCCGUUCCCGGCAUGGAACGAGAUUUCCGGAUUACCGUACCUCAAUGCUUGUGUCAACGAAGCGCUCCGGAUACAUCCACCAUUCUGCCUUCCCUUCGAACGAAUUGUUCCUGCAGAAGGGAUGACUAUCGGCGGCCAUUUUUUCCCCGGUGGAACAGUGAUCGGUAUGAACCCUUGGGUAAUCAAUCGCCAUCGGCCAACAUUCGGCGAAGACGCGGACGCCUGGAGACCUGAAAGAUGGCUCGAGGAUUCAGCUCGCACUCGACAAAUGGAGAACACUCUUCUAAGCUUCGGCGCUGGGAGGCGAGUGUGCCUUGGGAAAAACAUUGCGCUGUUAGAGCUGAAGAAGCUCACUUCUGCUCUUGUGCUUCAUUACGAGUUGGAGAUCGUAAAUCCGGAGGAGUUCCAGUCCCAGAAUUUCUUUUUCUUCAAGCAAGAAGGGUUAUAUGCGGCGGUCAAGAGACGGUCGGCAAGUUCGCCAGAGCUAUAUGCGGGUGAUGCCCUUCCUCAUUAA